CCCGAUAGGAAUACCCUUACAAAAUUGAUGCACAAGUUGAUACAUGCUAGACUACAAAUGGUGAAACGAUUUUAAUCGAUAAAGAAGAUACCUUUCUUCUAUUUCUAUUGUGGGUAUUUCCGAAAUUCCUCACCCAGCUAACGAGGUUCACUCAAAUGAAUAUUGGGCCCUUCUGACUGACUAACAACCACAGCUCAUCAAGACAAAAAUCUCUAUUUCAGUUUAAUGCGCCUCCAAUUUCCAAACUUAGAUGAUGAAGUGUUUGUGAUUUACAAGUUUAUCAACAACUAUGUCUCCACUCGAUUUCCAGGAAUUUCAAGAGAAGCUUUCAACCCAUCUCAGACCAUGGCAUCGUUCUUUUCAGUUCUGGGUUCGAGCUACCAAUAUCUAUACCGGUUACAAGGCGUUUCAGCUUCGAGUGAGUUUUGUGAAGGAUGUGAAAAGGCAAGAGUUAAUGUGGGAGAGGCAACAUGAACUUGCUGCUGAUAAGAUAUAUGAUUUGUGUUAUGAUCUUGGUGGGUUCUUUCUCAAGAUUGCGCAAAUUGUUGGAAAGCCUGACUUAGCUCCGGCUGCAUGGGUUAGAAAGCUAGUCACGCUGUGUGAUCAAGCUCCAGCAACUGCUCCUGAAAUCGUUCGAGUUAUGAUUGAAAAGGAGUUAGGUCGAAGUGUUGAUGAAUUGUUUGAAAGGUUUGAUGAUAUCCCUCUUGGUUCUGCCUCAAUUGCACAGGUGCACCGAGCAAGACUUAGAGGUGAUAAACAAGAUAUAGUUGUUAAGGUGCAGCAUCCCGGAAUUCAGGAUAUCAUGAUGACAGACAUACGCAAUCUGCAAGCUUUCGCGCUAUAUAUGCAGAAGACAGAUAUCAAAUUUGAUCUCUUUUCUGUAACAAAGGAAAUGGAAACACAGAUUGGGUAUGAAUUUGAUUUCAAUAGGGAAGCUGAUGCUAUGCAAAAAAUAAAAGCUUUUCUGCAUCGGAACAACAAGAGAACUCCUGUUUUCGUGCCCCGAGUAUUGCCAGACCUUGUCACAAGGAGGGUUUUAGUAAUGGAAUAUAUCGAUGGCAUACCAAUAUUGAAGCUUGGAGAUGAGAUGGCUAGAAGAGGAAUAGAUCCCAAAGGCAAACUCGCGACAGCAGCAAAACAGAACAUUCUUGAAAGUUUGACACUUGUAUAUGGGCAAAUGAUUCUGAAGAGUGGUUUCUUCCAUGCAGAUCCUCAUCCUGGAAAUAUUCUAAUCUGUAAAGGCUCCCAGGUGGCUUUGCUAGAUUAUGGACAAGUGAAAGACCUUCCAGAAAAUUUAAGACUUGGAUAUGCUAAUCUUGUUCUUGCUUUGGCUGAUAAUGAUCAGAUAAAGGCUUCAGACAGUUUCAGGGAACUUGGAAUAGGUACAUUAACAAUGUGUGAAGAUGAACAAAAGGAGUUGUUUAAAUUGGCGCAAACAAUGUUCGAUACCAAGCUACCUCCUGGAGUUACGAUGUUGCAGCCCUUCGCCGAAGGAUCUUCCAUUAAAAAAAUCGGAGUUAAGGCUUUUCCGGAGGAAUUGUUCUCAGUUCUUCGGACAGUACAUUUGUUGAGAGGACUUAGUGUUGGUAUGGGAUUGAACUAUUCGUGUGCAGAACAAUGGAGGCCGAUUGCAGAAGAAGCUCUAUAUCUUGCCGGUAGACUAAAUGGGAAGGAUUUAAAGUCUAGAACGAUUAGACGAGGUUUGAUUAAAAGAACCAUUGGGAGAUUGGUUGGGUUUCAGUAGAAAUGCGCCAAAAUGAUCCCAGCCUUGUUGUUAGAGGGAAAUGAUGCGUUAAAAGACACACACAACACACACACAAUCGAGCUUUUUUGUGGCUGAAAAAGUGUCGUUCUUCCGACAUUGUUAACUGCCCACAAAAUGGGAAUUGACUGUUCCUAAGAGUUUUUCUUCUUUGUUGUUUUCAUAUGAAGUUUUUGGUUGGGUUAGCAAAGGAAACAUGUUACUUGUUAUCUAUUUCAGUUAAAUUUACAGAAAAUGUUAACAAAUUUAUUUGUAUUUUUUUUUCAAGCA